CGGGCGCCGUGACCGCGGAACGCUCUCUGAUUGGCUCCCGGGUUGAUGGCUGCAGUGGCUGACGGGAGAGAGAAAACAUGGCUGCGGAGCCGAGUAAAGCCGAUAUUCAAACAGUGUUCAAGCGGCUCCGGGCGGCGGCCACCAACAAGUCCUGCUUUGACUGUGGUGCCAAGAACCCCAGCUGGGCCAGCAUUCCUUAUGGCGUGUUCCUAUGCAUUGACUGCUCGGGGAUUCACCGCUCUCUGGGGGUUCAUCUCAGCUUUAUUAGGUCCACUGAGCUAGAUUCCAAUUGGAGCUGGUUUCAGCUGAGGUGUAUGCAAGUGGGAGGCAAUGCUAAUGCAAACGCCUUUUUCCACCAACACGGCUGUACCACCAGUGACACCAAUGCCAAGUACAACAGCCGCAGUGCCCAGAUGUACCGGGAGAAGAUUAGGCAGCUGGCUAGUUCUGCCAUGGCUCGGCAUGGCACUGAUCUGUGGAUAGAGGGGAUGAACUGCUCUGUUUCCCAAUCACCAGAGAAGAAAGAUUCUGACUUCUUUGCAGAGUUGACUCAGCCUAGCUCAUGGGAUGUAGCACCAGCCAUAGAACAAGUCCCAGAGGCAGCUUCACCUGAGACAAAAUCUACCAGCGUCUCUGAGAGCAGCGAAUCCACACAUCCAGAGACUGGUCCCAAUGUUGACAUUCUCAGCACGUCCCCUAAAGUAACCGUUGACCGGGCUAUGUGCCUUUCAGUUCAGGAGCUGACACUGGGUACAGAAGUGAAGCCUACUCUCAUUGGCAAGAAGAAACCAGCCACAGUUAAGAAAGGACUUGGGGCUAAGAAAGGCCUGGGUGCCCAGAAGGUCAGCAGCCAGAGCUUUAAUGAGAUCGAGCGGAAAGCACAGGUGGCAGAAAAACUCAGAGAGCAGCAAGCGGCUGAGCUAAGGAAAGAAGUGGAGGAGUCACUUGUCUCCUCAAUGAGGCUGGCGUACCAAGAACUGGAGAUUGACCGGAAAAAGGAGGAGAAAAAGCUGCAGAAUUUAGAAGGAAAGAAACGAGAGCAGGCGGAGCGACUUGGCAUGGGCCUGGCUGCACGCAGCUCCGUUUCACACUCUGUCCUCUCUGAGAUGCAUGUGAUUGAACAAGAGACUCCUGUUGCUACAAAGUCUUCACGCUCCCAGCUUGACCUGUUAGAUGAUGUCAGUUUCACCUCUGGACCCCCUAAGUAUAAGGACAACCCAUUCAUGCUAGCAGAAGGUGUCUCUGUUCGGUGGGACUCGGACACUCCCUCGUGGUUAAUAGCAGAUAAAGGUUCCGAGGAUGGUGAAGUGACAAUCUCCAGUAUUCAGCCGGCACGAGACAGGCCUGCCAACCGGAGAAAACCAGAGAGCACCCCAGGUCCAGAAUCCAAUGAAGCACGGAUGAAAUUUGCCACGGCCAAAGCCAUCUCCUCAGACAUGUUCUUUGGUCGAGAACAGGAUGCUGAGUAUGAAGCGAGAUCCCGAUUACAGCAGCUCUCCUCCAGUAACUCCAUCAGCUCUGCAGACCUCUUUGGAGAUUCUAGUUCAUCGGAUGCUGCAGCUGCGGUGUCCUUGGGGAACGUUCUUCCAUCUGCAGACAUCACCCACUUUAAGCAAGGGGUAAAAACUGUGGCAGGCAAGAUGGCUGUUCUGGCAAAUGGGGUGAUGAACACUUUGCAGGAUCGUUACAGCUCCUAUUAACAUGACCUGGAACUGGCACCUAUAGCUUUUUAUUCCCAUGCACAAAGUUUUGUUUGGGCCAGAGGCAAAGAAGGUCCGGAAGUGAAAUGAAUCCAUGCAUCUCGAGGAGUUAUGGCUGGCCCUUCCGAGGAAGUGACCAUUUCAGUAUUCCUAAAGCCACGUGUGCUGCGGGAACCUUUUGAUCCUAUUAACACAUUGCAGUUGCUUCUGCUUCACAGCUGCUCCUCUCCUCCCCCAGAAUGUUCUGCUGAUCGCCCCUUUACACUGGAGCGGCCAAGGGACGGUGCUUUUAAUUUAAUUUGUGUAUACGUGAGAUCGUUAUUUGUGAACCCUAAGCAGGGACUCGUAUUAUGGAAAGUCAGACAGGUGUAGCAUGUACCACUUGUCUGUUUAACCUUGGGGUGUGGGGAAGGGAUAAGAUUUUUGAUUAAGGUGAGGACACCUCAUUUUUAGAAAUUUAAUGACUGUUACCUCUAGGAGGAAGGAAGCCGACUAAGACUUGAGAUUAUGUGCGUCACUGACAUUUCUCCUUUUAGAGCCUUUGAUAUUAUUGACACUGAGGACUUUUAAACGCUGAUUUCUGGACAGGUUGCAAUCAGAUCAGGAUUUCAAUCACUGGCCCAUUUACAGAGACUACAUAGUCACACGCUUUGUGAGAGCGAGUCUGAGGCCGACUGCAUGAGUAUUUAUUUGGUCUCUUGUACAUUGGUACCAUUCUGGGUACCCUACAUUGCCCUUUAAACAUAAAUCACUUCCUUGACACACCGUGUUCAGUGAUGACCAGAAAAAAAGCUAUAUAUAUAAAUAAAAUUACUGAGGCAAUCUGG